ACCUGCCAAGUGUAGCAGGCGAUGGGCUCCACUGUCAGAGGAGCCGAUAUGAAGUGUCAACAUUAGCCGCUGUCUUAGCCGUUGCCCUGUGGAAGGUAUACAGGCAGAGUUCGUGUGUAACGUCGCGCUAUCGUUACGACAAACACCUGGAAAAUGAUGCGCUUUAUGCUGCUGUUCAGUCGGCAGGGCAAGCUGCGGCUGCAGAAGUGGUACACGGCCACAGCGGAGCGCGACAAAAAGAAGAUGGUGAGGGAGCUGAUGCAAAUAGUGCUGGCACGCAAGCCUAAGAUGUGCAGCUUUCUGGAGUGGAGAGACCUCAAGAUCGUCUACAAAAGGUACGCCAGCUUGUAUUUCUGCUGCGCCGUGGAGGAGCAGGACAACGAGCUGAUCACACUGGAAGUCAUCCAUCGCUUUGUUGAGCUCUUGGAUAAAUACUUUGGCAGCGUGUGUGAGCUGGACAUCAUCUUCAACUUUGAGAAGGCUUAUUUCAUCCUGGACGAGUUCCUGAUGGGAGGAGAGAUCCAGGACACGUCAAAGAAAAGCGUCCUGAAAGCCAUUGAGCAAGCUGACAUACUGCAGGAGGAAGACGAGUCGCCUAGGAGCGUGCUGGAGGAGAUGGGCUUGGCGUAGUGACUCUGCAGACCACAUAAGACUGAACACUGCUUGUGUAUGUCUUCUGUGGCUCUUACACUGUGAUGAUCCACAGUGUGGAACUUGGGACUCUUGUGUGCGCGCGCGUGUGUGUGUAUGUGUGUGUGCGCGCCUGAGCUUGACAGAGAGACUUGUGCAGGAAAGUGCACAAAUGUGCUUGUGUGUGUGUGUCUGUUUAGGUUUUUAAGCAUGAGAUGGAUGCUUACAUACGUGUAAGUAAAACAGGCUGGCGAUUAGGUGCAUAUGAAUUACUCCUAGUUAGUUUUAUCUUCAUUAAUAUCAACAAUCUUCAUGAUACACCAAAAACGGUUUUGUUUCUGUGUGUUUGUUUUGCAACUUUUGUGUACUUUGAUGCAGUUGUGAGUUUGCUGACUAGAUGUUGUGUAACACUGGGUUGGAGAAGGUUAUGGUUGGAUCUUUUUCUGGAGAAUAUGACGGUAACAAACCGGGUGCUGGAUGCAUCCAUCCUGUGCUGGUUUUGAAAGAAAACUCACCAAUUAAGAGUUUUUGCAAAGUUACUUUUUAAGGGUGUCACAAGAUAUUAACACAUAAUACGUAUAUCUGGUGUGGAGAAAAGAUGUCUGUUGGUAACAGGUCAUCCAGGUCUGUCAGACUGAACUGCGGCAUCACUACUGGGGAUGAUAAAACACGUAACAUGGAAGUGGCAGUGCGUUAGGCAGGAUAGGAACAGCGCAUAAAAUGCUUUACACACACUAUAAACGUUGCUGUACAACCUACAUCAGUGUUCCCAGACAGCUUUUUUGCAUCAGUUCAAUAGUACGGGCAGUGUUUAUGUCCAAGCUGAAGCGGUGGCAAUUCUACAUUUGAUGAAAUUAACUUGAAGAUUUGUCAGAUCAAAACACGAUCGCUGCAAAUUACUUAUAAAAAACAUUAGUUACAUUAAUCACACUAAGCGUCAUGCAAACUGUAGUUAUUUAGCACAAUUAUAAAGCUGCAAUCUAUUUUACCUUUGUCUUUUAUAUAACUGCCCUAAUCAUUUGAUUAGUAGUAGCAGCAAAAACACCGUCAAUGAUUUAACUUUUAUUUUAAACAAUGGUUUCAGUUUGUGGCAGGAAGUUGAACAGUUAAAAGCAUCAUGUCAGCCAUACAGUUAUAAAACACCUGUAAGAUACCUGCUUUGUUUAGUGUGCAGAUAGGAUUGUUGAUCUUGAUGCUCUAACAGGGAAAAGUGUAAGAUACUCUUCCCUUGUUACAUUCAUUCAUUCAUUCAUUUUCUACCGCUUUUUCCUCAUGAGGGUCGCGGGGGUGCUGGAGCCUAUCCCAGCUGUCUUUGGGCGAGAGGCGGGGUACACCCUGGACUGGUCGCCAGCCAAUCACAGGGCACAUAUAGACAAACAACCAUUCACACUCACAUUCAUACCUAUGGACAAUUUGGAGUCGCCAAUUAACCUAGCAUGUUUUUGGAAUGUGGGAGGAAACCGGAGUACCUGGAGAAAACCCACGCAUGCACGGGGAGAACAUGCAAACUCCACACAGAGAUGGCCGAGGGUGGAAUUGAACCCUGGUCUCCUCGCUGUGAGGUCUGCGCGCUAACCACUAGACCGCCGUGCCGCCCCCCCUUGUUACAUACUACAUUUUAUUUAUGCAUAUUUGGAGCAUCCAGACCAGAGCAGGAGGGGAUAGAAAAGAAUUCAGGGUGUGGGGGGCAAUACAAAGAGAGACAACACAGCAAAAACGACAAUAACAAAACAACACAAACAAACAACAAAUAUGUGUGACCAAUACAAAUAUUAACCAGAAUAGUGAACAGAUUUACAAUAACUCUUAGUAAUCUUAUUCAUGGGACACUGUUGAAAUAAAAAUGUUUUGUUUGGCCGCCAUUUUGUCAUUGUUUUGUUAAAAGUAAUGUUAAAAUAUCGUCUUGUCGCGUGAACCCAAUAUCAUGCAUCAUCUUUUCUGGUGUGCUGUGUGUAUCACGACACCCCUACUAUUCAUAUGACAACCUUUUUGAGGGCCUAAGACAUUUUUGACCGUGGAAGCCCAUGCAGAUAUUAACCUUGCCGGUUUGAUUUGCUAGCAUCAAAGAUCAUGCCUUGAUUGAAAUAGCAGCAUAUUUGUGAUGCACCUCUUUAAGUAGUAAAAAAAAAAUGGCUUUGGAAAUCAUGUCACCAGGAACAGAUUCAACGUUAAAUACUUCUCCAUAACUCCCACUCUUUGGAGCUGGUUAAACAAGUGAUUGCGGCAUUACUGCCACCAAGUGGUUGCGAACUGUAUUGUAUCAUCAAUAGCUAGCUUUGCCGGUCUUGAAUUGAUGACUUAUGCUGUCCCGCACCCCCAAUGUUAAGAGUAGGGGCCUCAAACUCAAUUUACUUGGGGGCCACUGGAGCUCGGGUCUGGGUGAGACUGAGCCGCAUCAGGUUUUACAAAAAAAAAAAAAACCCAAAAAAUGCAUUUAUUAAAAACAAAAAAAUUUAAAAUAUUUUGCUUUGGUUCCAAUUUUCUACAAGAAAAGCUCUGAUAAAACAUUCCACUGUUCUCAAAUAUCUUAAUUUUUAUUUUUCUACACAAAAUAAGAUGGAAAGUAAAUAAACAAAUCAAGAAUAAAGAAAAUCAAUCAAUAAUAAAUAAAUAUAAUAAUAAUAAUAAUAAAACGGCAAAUAAUAAAAACUUAAGAA